AUGGAGAUCGAGCUCGCUUAUGGUGAAUCUCGCGGAUACUGGAAACAUUAUUCACCCGGGGAGUGGUUCAAACAAGCGAAAGCCGUUGGCAAGAUCAACAACGUAAAAGCUACUCUGUUAUUUGAUUCUGGUGCUGAAGUGUCGAUCAUUGACACCACCUUUGCUCGUGAGGUCGGUUGCAAUAUUGACGAAAGUCAACGACAAGAAUGUAUCGGGAUUGGAGAAACUCCGUACAUGACGGUAGGACGUACCAAGAUCAAGGUGACCCUCGCGGGAUCGCUGGUAUACUAUUUCAAUGUAUGGGUAGGCGAUCUGGCAGGGCAAGAAGCGAUUCUGGGUAUGGAUUUUAUGGUGCCUGCUGGAGUGCGGCUCGUGAUGAACUUUAGACUUCUUGGUCCGAGUGCAAAACGCAAAGUGAAUAUAUAUUUAUAA